AUGACUACAAAAGCAGGCACGUCACAGUUACUUAAUGAUAAAGACCAUGGUAAAAUAUCAACAUGUCAAGUUAUCGAUGAUAUGGCAGGAUCGACUUUGGUAAAUAUGCCAGCCGGUAUGAAAGAUGGACAUCCUAAUUCAUUAGUUUCAUUUCCACAAGAUGCUGCUCAACGUAUGCGAAAUCCGAAAGAAGAUUUUCUAAAAUUUUCAACAUCAUUACUUAAAAAUAAAGGCCUACUUGUGCCAACACGUUUAGCACUUAGACGACAACGAGCAUCACUUAAACCAUCGACAAUGAACUACGAACCUAUUCGUUCUGAUACACUUCAAAUGGAGUUAGGCAAUCCAGAAGAAUCAAUAUUACACAGUGAUCGAGUUGAUGUCGAACAUAAUCCCAUUGUGUCGCAUACUUUGCAUUUAUCAAGAGAAAAAUUUCGCAUGCAAUCAUCAUCAAAUCAAAGCAGUCCACUACGAGGCGAUACUCCACAUACUGUACCAACUGACAUUGGAUUGUUGUAUCGAGAAAAACCAUUAUUUUCGCAUCCAGUAACUGGUAAUUUUAUUGUACAAUACGCGGAAGAACAAGGAGGUCCAUCGCCUUGUUCAUAUGUCUUACCACGUAAAUCAUGUCGAGAAAAAAAUGCACCUGCAUAUUCAUUUGGAGCAAAAUGUUUAGUCGAAAAGAAAGGUGGUUCACGUACUGCUUGGGAAAAACAAUGGUUUGCACAUUCAGAUCCAUAUACAACAAAAGUUGAUUUUAAUCGUGAAACAGCUUGGCCAACACCAUUUCAUUAUCCUGCAAAACCAACCUUAGGUAGUCAAGUAACAAAAGUUAGUUUUCCGUCAUGGUCUAUUGCUAAACGUAUUGCAAUAAAUCCAACAAUAAUGCCAGAAAAUAAUCCUGGCCCUGAUACAUAUGAUACAAUAUCAGCUUUUCGAAAAUUAAAAGCAAAAAAUACACAUAUUAAAUUGACAUCACGUCCAGAAGAUAUUCAAGGAUCGAAUUCAGCAACUAAAGGUAAAACUCCUGGGCCAGGUGCACAUGAUCAAAAACAUUUUCUAUCAAAUAAAUAUUCAGCUCCGAAACAUUCAUUUGGUAGACGUAUGCCAACAUCACUUGCCCAAGAUCCUUAUGUAAAUACACUACCUACGAUUGAAACUUGA